AUGGCAUAUAAUGAUAUAGAAACGUCCUUGAUCACAAUAAUUACGUACAAGAGAAUAAGGCACGACUGCGUAGUGAGCUGGCAGCACAUGGCCGCAGCUCUCGUUACACUCAGGUCUGUAAUAGCAGUAAUGAUGGUGACCGAUGAGCACCAGCGCUCAACGUCCGCUAUUAGCGGCGCGGGUAACGCGACCCGGCUCUGGCCGAAUAUCUGCGCCGUGAAACCGAACACCCGCACUCCCGCCAUGUGCGUGCGCCUGCCCACGAUAUUGUCUAUAAAUUUCAGUAAUUGUAAUCCAUAUAGAAUGUCGAACCCGUCUGUUCGCAAUUAUUGCUAA